AUGUCCCAAAAUAACAGCCAAAGUUCAUUGUACCUCAACGCAAUCAAAAGCCAACAGUUCCCAACAAAAGAUCAAGCUAUCGUCAUUGACGCAUCACCAAAAGCACAAAUCCAAGAUUAUGUAACCAGCCUCGCAUCCUACGUUAAACCCGAGCAAAUCAAAUUCGUCUCCAGAAUCUCCAACAACAGAGUAUGUGUAUACUUUUCGAACCAACAAGUCGCCCAAGAAUUCGUAAGCAAACAACAAAAAAUCAAGGUAAACAACAGUAUCCUACACGUUAGACCCUUAAUCACCAAAAACAUUAGAGUAGUGUUAUCAAACGUAUGCCCAAUAAUCCCUCAUGAUAUCAUCGAACAGGAAUUCGCCAAGUUGGAAAUAAAACAAACGUCAAAAAUCACCUUCUUGAAAGUGGGACUCCAAAAUCCAGCAUUUAACCACAUAAUGAGCUUUAGAAGGCAAGUUUACAUAUCGCCCCAAGACAAAGAAAAGCUCCCAGAGUGCAUAAAAAUCACAUUUGACGAAACAACCUACUACAUCUAUCUAUCUACCGACACUCUAUCCUGCUUUAUCUGCAAAAAAGAAGGUCACUUGGCGAAAAACUGCCAAACUCAAGACAAAACAACUAAACCAGACAAAGACCAGAACAAGAGCCAAAGCGAAGAAACGCUUGAGCUUUGGGCUGACUCACCUCAAGAAUCGACAUCAUCCCAAUCUACAAUCACACUGACACACUGA